GUUUUUAAAGCUAUUGGAACGGGGUCGGAAUACUUUGCAGUUGUAGUUCUUACGUCGUUGGAUACACAUCGGUCGUUACUUAGAUUUCACAUCCGGUAUCAAGAUGACAUCAGACGGAAGUAAUGCAUAUAUUAACGAUAUAUUGGAUUUCUCUGAAUCACCGGUCACAAAUGAAAAAAGUGAAAUAGUUGAAUUUCUUGCACAUACUAAUGUUUUGGUAACAGGAGGAACAGGUUUUUUGGGAAAACUCCUCGUCGAAAAGUUACUCAGAGUUUGCCCAGAUUUGAACAAAUUAUACAUGACCGUAAGGCCGAAAAAGGGGAAAACAGCUUUGGAACGAUAUGAAGAAAACUUUGACUGUGUCGUAUACGAUAAAUUGAAACGUGAACAGCCAAAUUUUAUGGACAAAGUGGUAAUGUUAGAGGGUGAUGCAGCACAUGACGAUUAUGGAUUGUCACUGGAAGAUAAAAAGUUAUUGAUGGACAUAAAUAUCAUUUUCCAUGCUGCUGCAGUUGUACGAUUUGAUGAAAAAAUUCGUGUAGCAGCGCAUAUCAACGUGAGGAGCACGAAAUUCUUAUUAACGUUUGCAAAAGGACUACCAAAUUUGAAGGCAUUUGUACACGUGUCUACAGCAUUUGCACAUUGUACACAUACACUUAUCAAUGAGAUACAUUAUAAAGACUCUAUUGAUGGGGAUAAAUUCUUAACAUUGGUGGAUGCUAUGGAUGAUGAGAAACUUGAAAAAAUUACCCCAAUACUGCUUGACAAAUGGCCUAAUACAUAUGUGUAUACAAAAGCAAUAGGAGAAAAUAUUGUAUUAAAGUAUACCGAUGAUCUUCCAGUUUGUAUUGUAAGACCUAGUAUUGUUUUAUCAACCGAUAAAGAACCACUUACUGCAUGGACAAACAAUAUGUAUGGAGCUACAGGUGUAGUUUUAGCAAGUGGUGUAGGUUUAUUACGUACGUUACAUUGUGUAUCAGAAAAUAUAGCAGAGGUCAUACCAGCAGAUUAUGUUGUGUCUAAUAUUGUUGCUUCUGCUUGGGAUAUUGCCAAUAAAAAAGCUGCACAAAAAUUAGAUGAAAAUCCUAAAAUACCUGAUGAGGAAAGGAUACCUAUUUAUAACUCUGUAUCUUCUUGUCAAAAUCCAAUCUCAUGGGGUGUUUUUAUGAAUAAAAAUGCAAUUUUUGGAGUGGAGAUACCUAGCAUAAAAGUUCUCUGGUAUUAUAUGUUGAUACUCAACAGAUAUUUACUUCUGCAUAAUAUUUGUGCUUUCUUCCUUCAUACAGUACCAGCAGUUAUUGUUGAUACAAUAGCUCUCCUCAGUGGUCGUAAACCUACAUUGUUAGAUGCAUAUAGGAAAAUACACAAAUUUAGCAAGGUGAUACAUUACUUUUCAGCAAGGCAAUGGAGGUUUAAAAAUGAUAAUGUUGUAAAACUUUGGGAAAAAAUGAAUUCCCGUGAUCGACAAAUAUUUUGCUUCAAUACAAUUACAUUGGAUUGGGAAGAAUACUUUUAUCAACAUAUGAGAGGUCUUCGCACAUAUAUGUUAAAUGACCCCUUUGAUACAGUGGAAGAAGGAAUCAAAAGAUAUGCUAAGCUACGUAUAGCUCACUACACAGUUACACUAACAGUAUCACUAUUACUUUUAUGGAUUUUGGUAUCUUUUGUAUCAUACAUAUGGUCCUUCUGGCCUUUAUCACAUUAA